AUGCCGGCCGACUACAGGUCCGCGGCAGUUGGCCUGGCCGUGCCCCCGUCCCCAGACAACGAGACCCCUUCCGCCGCAGCCGCAGCCGCCCAGCUCGCCAACACAUCCUCCAGCCGGGACGAGCAUGGCGACGCACCCUUCCACGACGACAGCGACCACGAAGACCAACCGCGCGCGCCAUCGUCCCCCGAUGAACGCCCGCUCCCGUGGGUCCGCGGCGGCGGCGUGGGCAACACGCGGUCAUCCCGCCGGCUGUCGACACCCUACUCCCUGAACUCGCGCACGUCAUCCACCCGCGAUGGCUCCCUCCGCGGCCAGCUGUCAGCCCUGGCCUCCUUGUCGGCCAAGACCGCCAACAGCCUGUACCGGCGCUCCAUGACCAUGUACAAUGGCAUGACACCGACGCAGAAGGUCCUGUUCAUCGUCGGCGGCAACCUCCUCGGCGUGCUCACCAUCGUCGCCCUCAUCUUCUCGCACAAGAUCUUCACCCUCCUGGGGCCCGUGGCCAUCUCGUGGCGCGCCAUGCCCGCCGGCUGGCUGAUCAUCUGGGCCGCCACCUUUGUCGUGGCGUUCCCCCCCAUGAUAGGCUACAGCACGGCCUGCACCGUGGCCGGCUUCGUCUACGGCUUCCCGCUCGGGUGGCCCAUCGUGGCGACGGCGACGGUGGCCGGGUCCGCCGCGGCGUUCGUGGCCUCGCGCACCGUCCUCAGCGGCUACGUGGACCGCCUGGUCGGGCAGGACAAGCGCUUCGUGGCGCUGGGCCAGGUGCUGCGGCACGACGGGCUGGGCGUGCUGGCGCUGGUGCGCUUCUGCCCGCUGCCCUACAGCCUUAGCAACGGCUUCCUGGCCACGAUCCCCAGCAUCCAGCCCCUCAGCUUCGCCAUCGCCACCGCCUUCUCCAGCCCCAAGCUGCUGGUCCACGUCUUCAUCGGCUCGCGGCUUGCCCUGCUGGCCGAGAAGGACAUGACGUUCGGCGACCGCAUGAUCAACUACGCCUCCAUGCUCAUCGGCGGCCUGGUCGGCAUGGGCGUCGGCUAUUUCAUCUACCGCCGAACCAUGGCCAGGGCGGCGGAGCUGGCCAGGGAAGAGGCCCAGGCCGGGCGGCCACUCGGCGCCAGGGCGGCCGGGGCUGAGUACAUGGACGACGACCUGGGCGAGGGCGGCGAGGAUGCGAGGCUGAUGGACCCCAACGACGCCGCUGCGCUGAUGGUUGAUGACGACGACAUCUCGCUGUGGGAUGCCGCGGGCGACGGUCAUUUCGAGGACGGGGAUGCGCCGGAGAGGUAUCGGGACGAGGAGGAGGCUGUCGGGGGCCACGGAAAGGCCAAGGGAUCAAACGACGGCACGCAGGCGUAG